AUGGGCAAGGCCAAUGCCGGAAAGCGCAAUGCCGCCGGGUCGGGGAGCCCCUACUCGCGACCAGGAAAAUCCAACAAGACGAACAAUGUGUUCAAGUUCAACACCAAUGUAGGCCAGCAUAUCCUGAAGAACCCUGGUGUUGCGGACGCGAUCGUCCAUAAAGCCGAACUGAAGCCGACGGACACUGUUCUCGAAAUCGGUCCUGGUACCGGUAACUUGACUGUGAGGAUAUUGGAGAAGUCAAAGAAGCUCAUCGCGAUCGAGUUCGAUCCUCGUAUGGCGGCCGAAGUCACGAAGCGUGUACAAGGAACGCCAGAGCAGCGCAAGCUCGAAGUCAUGCUCGGAGAUGCCAUCAAAGUCGACUGGGUUCCCUUUGACGUCCUCAUUUCCAACACCCCCUACCAGAUCUCAUCUCCUUUGGUUUUCAAGAUGCUCGCCAUGCCCAAGCCGCCUCGUCAGGCAAUCCUCAUGUUCCAGCUCGAAUUCGGCCAGAGACUGGUGGCGAAGCCGGGAGACAAGCUCUACGGCCGAUUGAGUGUGAACGCCAACUUCUGGGCGACAUGUUCCAACGUGAUGAAGGUUUCAAAGGCCAACUUCAGGCCACCGCCGCAAGUCGACUCGUGCGUCGUUCGUAUUGUGCCCAAACAGGGAGCCGAGCGCCCUACCAUCAGCUUCGAGGAGUUCGACGGCCUCCUCCGUAUCUGCUUCAACCGCAAGAACAGGACUAUGCGUGCAAGCUGGCUCGGCACCAAGGAAGUUCUUCAGAUGCUCGAGAAGAACUACCGCACGUGGGCUGCUUUGAACAACGUUCCACUCGACGAGACCUUUGUCGAGGACGACGAAGACGAUGCUAUGGACAUGGAUGACGACGCUGACGCCGGUGGCGACGAUGAUGAUGUCGAGCCCAUGGACGAUGAUACCCCGGAAUUCUUCAAGGAGCUCAAGGCCAACGCGGCCAAGGUCCCCGAGAAGACCAAGAGCAAACGCAAGAAGACCAAGGUCGCCGCGCUCGUUAGGCAGAAGAUUGAGGGUGCGCUCGUGAGCACCGAUCUCCUGGACAAGCGUGCCCGCGCUUGCGACGAGACGGAUUUCCUGAAACUUCUAUCCGCCCUCAACUCUGAGGGCAUUCACUUUGCUUGA